AUGCCGUAUCACGUUUUGAGUGUAAAGGAAAAACUGGAAAUCAUUCUCACCAUUGAAAAUGGAGCGAAGAAAUCUGCGGUAGCCCGUGAGAAGAACUUGCCUCUGACGACUGUGUGCGGAAUAUGGAACGCUCGCGAAAAGUUGCGGGGCGGCUCAGGCAGCAAUCUGAAGAGGUGCCGCAUCAGAGACUCUGCUUUUCCCGAAGUAGAAAAGGCCCUGCUGCUUUGCAACGGCUGGUUGUCGAGAUUUAAAGCUCGCUACAGCAUAGUGGGGAAAGCUGUUUGCGGUGAGGCUGCUGCAGCGGACAAAGAAUGCGCUGAUGAGUGGCAGCACAACGAAUUGCAGGAAGCCUUGGCAGCCUACGAUGCCGCCGACAUUUUCAAUUUUGAUGAGUCGGCACUUUUCUACUGCCUGCUUCCGGACAGGACAUUGGCAUUUAAGAAUGAAAAGUGCACCGGCGGGAAACAUGCCAAAAAUCGGGUAUCGGUCGCUUUCGGCGUCAACAUGACCGGUAGUGAGAAGCUGCCACUGAUGGUGAUCGGCAGGUACGGAAAACCGCGUUGCUUCAAAGGCGCCCGUUUGCCAUCCGAUGUCAUUUACAAGCACAACAAAAAGGCGUGGAUGACUGCUCAGCUGUUCGAGGAGUAUGUGCGCCAGCUGGACCGCCGUUUUGCUGCCAAGAAAAGGAAUGUCCUGAUCGUUCUCGACAAUGCGUCGGCGCAUGUCGAUUUGGACAACCUGACGGCAAUUAAGCUGCUCUUUUGCCCCCGAACACGACAGCGCUCGCCCAGCCCCUCGAUCAGGGCAUCAUCCGCUCAGUGA